AGCCAGGGCCGGGAGCAGGCCGUGCUGGAGACGGUGCUGCCCGCGCCCGCCGAGGAGUCGAAUAGCACCGACAGCGCCAAAGCUCCCAAAGUGAACUGCGAGGAAAGAAACAUCACUGGCAUCGACCGCUUCACGCUGCACAUCCUCAACGUGUCUCAGGACCUGAUGGAGUUCUUAAACCCAAACAGCAGUGACUGUACGUUAGUCUUGUUCUAUACGCCGUGGUGCCGCUUUUCUGCCAGUCUGGCACCUCAUUUUAAUUCUUUACCUCGAGCGUUUCCAACUCUUCGCUUCCUGGCGCUGGAUGCAUCUCAGCACAGCAGUUUAUCAACUAGAUUUGGAACUGUGGCUGUACCCAAUAUCCUCCUUUUCCAAGGUGUCAAACCUAUGGCUAGAUUUAAUCAUACAGACAGAACGCUGGAAACACUGAAAGACUUCAUUUUUAAUCAAACAGGUAUAGAAGCUAAAAGCGAUGUGGCUGUGACCGAGGAAGACUGGGAAGGCCCCCUGCCCAGCGUUCUGACCAAAGGCAUAGAUUGGCUGCUUCUGUUUUCUUUGCUCUUUCUGGCUAGUUUUGUCAUGUAUGCUACCGUUCGAACGGAGAGCAUUCGAUGGCUGAUCCCAGGACAGGAGCACGAACAUCAGGAAUAA